AUGGACAUCAGGCAAGCAACAAUCGAGGACCUCCUCGGCAUGCAGAAUGCCAACCUGCUCAACCUCCCGGAGAACUACACCUUCAAGUACUACCUGUACCACGCUCUCACCUGGCCCGAGCUGUCGUACGUUGCUGUCGACCCCAGCGGCCGUAUUGUGGGCUACAUCCUCGCCAAGAUGGAGGAGGAGCCCAGCGCCGAGCCCAGCGGCCACGUCACCUCGAUCUCGGUGUUGAGGCCGUACCGCCGCCUCGGCCUGGCCAACAAGCUCAUGAAGCAGUCGCAGGAGGCCAUGGUCGCGCACUACAACGCCUCGUACAUCACCCUCCACGUUCGCAAGAGCAACCGCGCCGCCAUCUCGCUGUACCGCGACACGCUCGGAUUCGAGGUCCACAUCAUGGAAAAGGGUUACUAUGCCGACGGCGAGGACGCGUACGGUAUGCGUUACAUCUUCCCCAAGAAGGAGGACAAGAAGGAGGAGACUGCGUCGGCAUAG